UUUCCCCAUUGACAAUGGGGAUGGAGAAUCCGUAUCCUGUCCCGACCUUGUUACCAACCCUACAAAUGAGGUGUGGGUUUGAAAUAUAGGAAAAGUUGACUUUCAUUAAAACAUAGUCAACUAGGGCAAGUUACAGAAAGAAAAAAUAAAUCAGCUUCUUCUUCAAGUGAGCGCCGCAGAGUCUCCGUCCACAUCUCUUCUUCUUCGUUGUGCAGCCACCGGGCAACCAGACCUCAGCGCCGCCGUGAUCCGCCUCCGCCUCCCUUCACGCCGGCCGCUGGGUUCUUUCCCCUCACUCUUAAUCUUUCUCUCUCUCUGUUCACUGCCGCCGUAGCCUCGCCACCGCUGUGGAACGCGCCAAUCACUUUGCAGUCACAGCCACUGCCUUCUUCAGUCGCCGGUCACCGCCUGCCACCGUCGAGGUCCACGCGCACCAGGAAGCCAACAACGCUGUUUUUCUCGGGCAUUUGUCUACGUUACCCACGACUGGUUGCACCUUGAAUCGACUUACCUGCUUGGUUCUAGCUUCCUAUCUCAGUUUUCAUCAGUUUGGAACGUUAUACAGCAAGGGUUGGCUUGCGAUUGAUGAAAUUUUAUGUCUGAGAUUGAGGCCGACGAUAUGGAUGAAAUUGGUGCGGUGGAAUCCAUGGAUAAACUUAAUAGCCUCCGUAUAACCUCUUUAGAUGACGAUGACAUUCAUGAUGAUGAAGAAUUGCAAGAUGACCAUGACACUGAUGAUGAUGAUGAUGAAGAAUCAAAUGAAUCAGUGGUUUUGGGUUUCGUUGCAAAGCCCAAAAAUUCUUGGUCUCUUCUUCCUCAGCUAUUUCCAAGCAAGGCUGGAGGAGUACCGGCUUGGUUGGAUCCCGUGAAUCUGCCGUCUGGAAGGUCUUGUGUUUGUGAUAUAUGUGGAGAGCCUUUGCAGUUUUUGCUCCAGAUUUAUGCUCCUAUUGUGGAGAAGGACUCAACAUUUCAUCGAACAUUAUUUGCGUUUAUGUGUCCAUCCAUGACUUGUCUUCUACGAGAUCAACACGAGCAGUGGAAAAGGAAGUCUGAUAAAUCAUCUCGGAGUGUGAAGGUUUUCCGCGGCCAAUUACCCCGUAGUAAUCCCUUUUACUCGAGUGAACCCCCAAAACAUGAUGGGAGUGACAAAGCUUGUGAAUCGGGAGGUCGUUUUGAUUUAUUCUUCCUUCUAUCGAAGUCCUCAAAUUACUUUAAUACAUUAUUGUUCUUUAAAAUUGCACUGAUUUAUAACAUGUCUAGCAUAUGUGAUGUUGUUUUAGUUGCACGUUGUAACUGGUGUGGUACUUGGAAAGGAGACAAAGUUUGUGGCAAGUGUAGAACAGUACGCUAUUGUUCUGAGAAACAUCAGGCCAUCCAUUGGCGUACUGGGCAUAAAACUGAUUGCCAACGGAUGUGUGUGUCUUCUCAGUUGUCAAGUUCUAGACUGACUAACAGUCAUUCCGAAACAGACAUUGAGAAAGUUUCAAGCAAGCAUCUUUGGCCUGAAUUUGAGAUCAUGCAUGAAUACGAGAGUGAGUUCGACAUUGAAAUAUCUCAUGACAAUUCUUAUGCAAAUGCUAUGGUUUGUAAGGAUAGGAUGGAUGACUCGAUGAAGUCCUUGUUGGCCAAUUUUGAGGGAGAUGAUGAUAGAAAGUCUUGGGCCUCUUUUCAAGGUCGCUUAUCAAAGGCACCUGAACAAGUGUUGAGAUAUUGUAGAGAUGUGGGAUCUAAACCUUUAUGGCCAAUGCCAAGUGGUCUGCCUUCCAAAGAAGAUAUCCCAAAAUGCAGUUACUGCAGUGGUCCCAUGUGUUAUGAAUUUCAGAUCUUGCCUCAGUUGCUUUAUUAUUUUGGGGUAAAGAAUGACGUGGAUUCACUCGACUGGGCGACAAUUGUUGUGUAUACGUGUGAAGCAUCCUGUGAGUCAAGCAUAGCUUAUAAAGAGGAGUUUGCUUGGGUUCAACUCUCUGUUCCAUCUGCUGUUCACCAGUAAUAUUUUCAUCAGUUUUGUUCUUUAGCAAUUCUUAUGGCCAUAUGAUGAGUAUGCUUUUUGUUUACUUUUCCAUUCUUUCUCAGAAUGUUAAAUUAUAGAAAUAAAUUAUUUUGUGCCUUUUCUUCUUUUCUGUAGUCUAUAAAUGUUGCCAUUAUCAUAAUUUUAUGUAUUUUCUGAAUUUUCUUUUAAGAAAAAACUGGAUAUGGUAUAUAACAUUAAAUUAUGAUUAAGGAAGAUGGGAAGGAAAGAAGCCAAAAGGAGAUUACAAGAACCUCCUUCAAUUGGUUGAAAUUUUGUUUA